GUUGUUUUGUUUAUUUUUUUGUCACAAAUCAAUUUUAACUAAUUGAAGCUCUUUUAACACCAGAACUUAAUAAAAUUUAAUGAAAUCUCAAAGAAUACAGGCUGAGUUCAUCAGAAAACGUGAGAUUGAGCAACGUAGAGUUCAAGAAACUCAAAAUGUUCGACAAUAUUAUGACAAAAUGGGAAGGAUUACUUCAUUGCAUCAGCAUUGGAGCUCACCUGAAUUCUAUGAAGAGGUAGAAGAAAAGAGAAAGGCUGAAAAACUAGUUGAAGAGAAACGUAAGGAAUUAGAGGCACGGAAGGAACGAUUUCGUGCACAGCUUGCUGAAGAAAAGAGACAAUUUGAGCUGGAACUAAAAGAACAAAAGAAACCAAGAUCCAGGCAGACACCAAAUAGUGUACUAGAAUCUGUACGACGAACUCUUGCAAAUGCUGAAGAAUGCAAGGCAAGAGCCGAUCUGGAAUCAAAAUUAUACUCACGAUGGAGACUUGGACUGGAUCAUGAAAAGAUAUUAAAGGAUUCAAAGAAUACUCAUCAAGCUAUGGCUAAACUGAGCUGGAUUGAUCGUCAAAUUGAAAAUCAGAUGUUAAAUGAACAGCAAAAGCAAGAAAGUCAUAAGCUAGAACUAGAAUUAGAGCAUGAGAAGAGAAAGCAUGAAGCAUAUCUUCAAAAUUGCCAGCAAAUGAGAGAUUCUGAAAUUAAUAAAAUUAAGGAAAUUCAUGGGAAUGGAAUUGUGGAACUAAAAUUAAGAGAACAAGAAUUGCAUGAAUCUAAGCUGAAAGAAAGCAUAUUAAGAAAGAAACUUGGAGAAGUCAUUAAGGAAAAGGAAACAAUUUCAACAACAAAUGUCAAGCGACGUGACCGAGUAGCAGCACUGCACAAUUUCCGUAAAAUUAAAAUGCUAAUGAGAGAACGCUCUGAAGCAGUUAAAAGGGAUUUAAUGCACGACAUCAGCUUACUCGAUCGCAUAAGUUUUGACCGUGACUUUGACAAUGACGAAGAAAUCAAAUAUUUAAGGCUAAAGUUUCAAGGACAACUUGAUAAUGAGUCUGAAAAUGUUAAGAGCAUCGAAUGCAUGUACGAAUCAGAAGCAAAGGAAGCUUUAAGAAAAACAGAAGAUAAAUGGGACGAGGAAGCUUUACUGCGUGAACAGCAAUUAAAAGUUUUAAUGGAUGAUCGAAUUCAGACAUUAAAUGAUAGAAUUAAUGAAUGCAUUCGGAUGCAAAAUGAUUUGACGAGUAUUCGUGAGACUCACUUAAAGUCGAUUGAAGAUUGCAAUCUUAGAUUAAAGGAAUUGAUGAGUGAGUCGCUAACAAGCGGAUUGAAUGACAUGGCACGAAAAACUAUUAUCCAAACAGAUCCAAUACUGAAAAAUGACAAUCAUUUAAAUGGAAUCGUCCGUAAGACUGAUAAUCUAAUGAUUAAUGGACAUCACUAUGAGUUGACAGUUCCAAAGUAUGGGAGAAAAAAAGUCAAUUGGAACUAAGACGCAAUGAUCUUAUAAGAAUAUUUUAGAUUUUUUUAUACUGCCUACCAGAGCUGGAUCGACUUUCGAGCUCUGCUGCCUUUACCUUAUUUAGACUAGACGCAAAUGUGUUAUUUUUGUAUGCAAAUAUUUUUUUUCCUUCAAUAAAAGACAUGCUGUACG